AUUUCUUUUCGCUUGGCAUUGUUCUACUGACCAGAACAUUCUUUGACUCCGGAAUUUAUGUUGCACAUCAUUUGGCCAUUUUGAAGAAAGAUGACCAAGGGAACCACUAGUUUCGGAAAGCGCCACAACAAGACGCACACCAUCUGUCGCCGGUGCGGCAACUCGUCGUACCAUCUGCAGAAGUCGAAGUGCUCCCAGUGCGGCUAUCCCGCGCCCAAGACCCGAUCCUUCAACUGGUCCCGCAAGGCCAAGGGUCGCAAGGCCCAGGGAACGGGAAGGAUGCGGUACCUGAAGAAUCUGCGGCGUCGUUUCCGCAACGGGUUGCGUGAAGGAGGUGCCACCAAGAAAAGAGCCAACUAAGUGGCGAAAGGAGUAUUUGAUAAGCCCAAUAAAAGCCGAAUGAACGCAUUCCCUUAA